UGUGGAGGCUGUUGGGCUUUCAGUGUUGUCGGCAGCAUAGAGUCUGCCUAUGCAAUGAAAGGGAACGUCCUGGAAGAACUCAGCAUACAACAGGUCAUUGAUUGUUCGUACAACAACAACGGUUGCAAUGGUGGCUCUACUGUCAGCGCUCUGAAUUGGCUGAAUCAGACCCAUGUGAAGCUAGUGAGGUAUUCCAAGUAUCCGUUCAAAGCUCAAACGGGUUUAUGCCACUAUUUUAGUCGCUCGGAUUUUGGAGUCUCAAUCACAGGGUAUGCUGCAUUUGACUUCAGCGGACAUGAAGAAAAGAUGAUGGAGAUACUUGUUGAAUGGGGUCCCUUGGUGGCAAUUGUUGAUGCGGUUAGCUGGCAAGAUUAUUUGGGUGGUAUCAUACAGUAUCACUGUUCCAGUGGCGAGCCAAAUCACGCUGUUCUCAUUACUGGCUUUGAUACAACAGGUAGCAUCCCCUAUUGGAUUGUACGGAACUCUUGGGGACGUUCAUGGGGAAUAGAUGGCUACGCUCAUGUUAAAAUAGGUUCCAAUGUCUGUGGUAUUGCUGAUGAAGUCUCUGCCGUGUUUGUGUGAAAUGGUUGGCCUAAACAAAGGAGAAGCGGCGAUCGUCUGGAUCAUUACUCAGUUUGAAGGCAUUUUAUUUUUAAGAAGGGGCAUUCUGAUGAGCCUUUGUAACUGUGACAGGCCCUGGGCUGUGCUAGAAGAAGAAGAAUUGAUUGGAUUCAU